AUGAAAGAUGCUCAACAUCGUGCCUUGGUUUUGUUCAACGCCGUAGUAGCUCAUGAACCAUAUUUCGUCCAAAGAAGAGAUGCUGAUAAAAAGCUCGGACAUUCUUCCCUUCAAAAGAUGAUUGCCGCACUUAGGAUGCUCGCUUAUGGAGUAUCAGGUGAUUUUAUGGAUGAAUAUUUGAGAAUUGCAGAAAACACUGCAACACGGUGUUUGCAAUAUUUUGGGUCUCAUAAUGAUAUCAACGUGCUAGAACAUUCUUCUUUAUUUAUCGAGCUCGCUGGAGGGCUUGCUCCUUCGGUGAACUACUCAAUCAACGAUAAUGACUACACAAUGGGAUAUUAUCUCGCUGAUAGUAUAUAUCAUUCAUGGUCAACAUUUGUAGAAACAAUUCAUGCUCCGCAAGGAAAUAAGAGAGAACAUUUUGCAAAAACUCAAGAGUCAGUAAGGAAAGAUGUAGAACGUGCAUUUGAGGUGCUUCAAGCAGGAUUUGCAAUUGUGCGAGGAGCUGUGCGUUCUUUCGAUCAUGAAAUGCUUAAAACCAUCAUGAUAACGUGCAUAAUAUUGCAUAACAUGAUUGUUGAAGAUGAGUGA